AAAUCCUUUUUCACUAUAUACAUUGCCAUUGUAGUCUCUAGGCACGAUUAUGAUUUCAAGCUUGAUUGCACUUCCUAGCGCUUGAUGCAUACACAGAGCGCUAGAUGGUGCUACGAAGUGUAAUUAAGCUUGAAUGUCAAGAUUUAAAGUUAAAAAGGAGUUCCAGAGGGGGUCUGGGUAGCUCAGCAAGUACUGACACUGACUACCACUACUGGAGUCGCAAGUUCGAAUACAGGGUGUGUUGAGUGACUCCAGCCAGGUCUCCUAAGCAACCAAAUUGGCCCAGCUGCUAGAGAGGGUAGAGUCACUUGGGGUAACCACCUCGUGGUCGCAAUUAGUGGUUCUCGCUCUCAAUGGGGCGCUGGUAAUUUGUGCGUGGAUCGCGGAGAGUAGCAUGAGUCUCUGUGAUGUCAUGCACUACGAGCCACAUGAUAAGAUACGUGGAUUGACUGUCUUAGAAGCGGGGGCAACUGAGGCUUGUCCUACGCCACCCAGAUUGAGGCGAGUAACCGCUCCACUACGGGUACCUACUAAGUAGUGGGAACUGGGCAUUCCAAAUUGGGGAGAAAAGGGGAUAAACACACACACACACAUAUAUAUAUAUAUAUAUAUAAAUAACGUUACAUUUUAGUCUGGGCUCAUCUGCAGUCGAUUAGAUCGCUUUUGAAGACAUGGAUUAAACCACAAGUCAUGUGGAAAACUUUUAUGCUGCAUUUGUACUUUUUGGAGCUUCAAACUUUUGGUCACCAUUCACUAACAUUGAAUGGGCCAACAGAGCUGAGAUAUUCUUUUAAAAAUAUUAAUUUGUGUUCUGCAGAAGAAGGAAAGUCACAUCUGGUAUAGCAUGAGGAUGAGUAAAUGAGAGCAUUUUCAAUUUUGGGUGAACUAUUCCUUUAAAUCAGCUCUGCUGUCAAGGAAGUAGUGCAGCUGUUACCAUAGCAACCUCUGUAAGGUUAAAAGUAGAUGUAGGAAGGUGUACACUGUAUUCUGUGAUGACAAAUAAGCUCGAUGCACAGAAAUGCUGUUAAUAAACGAAAGUCUGUUUUGGCGGAAAUGGGAUAACGAUCUAAACACGUAUUAUGAUGCAAACAUAGUGAAACGUCAUCAGCUUGAGUGAACAGAUGCAUGACGUAACGAACAGUUCGUUUGAAGUCUUGGAAGGGAACAUGUUUCACAGCGAAAAGGAUACGCAAGUCGUCUCGCUGCAGAGGAAUAUUGACUGAUAAAAGCAGCACGGAGAAACGCUGGAGAAGUUACAUGACGAAAUAGAGCGUUUAAAACGGGAAAAUAAAGAGUUGCAGUUCAAACUGAUCACGGAGCCUCCAACGUCAAUCAGUAAAGUGUCCAGCCACAGAAUCCAGAGGCAUAAAACAGAGAGCCACAUGUUCCAGACAGAUAGAAGGAACUACCUGGAGCAAAUACUGGAAAAAACAUGUCUACUACAAAGCACAGAACUCAGUCUUAUAAAGUGUAAUGAAACCAGAUCAAAUUCUUCUGGGACGCCCACAGCAGACAGGAUAGGUGUUCCUUCAGAAGUCAAAUCAGGGUUCAUCACUUCUCUAGAGCCUCUAAUGAUCCAGUGCAGUCCCUCUCUGCCCCCACGACCUCCCACCCUGCAGGAGUGCGAGAUCAUCAUACGUCAGCUGUACAAUGCUAAUGGCCUGCAGUACCAGGAGAUCCUUCGAGUGAAAGCUGUUCUCCAAGACAUUGUUCUCAACAAGAAAAUCACUGCAGAGAACUACAUUUUGAGCAAGGCUUAUCUCACUGAUGGUAAAAGACCUGUGUCACAGGCGCGUAAAGCCGAAAAGGUGAUUCUCCCUGCCCUCAAACAGAGCCUGAACAACAACGUAGCAGAGAGACACUGGAGAACUCAGGCUGUGCAGAGAAGACGUCUAAAGUGGACUUUGCACUGAAGGGCCAG